AUGCCCGUGAACGCAGCAAUAAUGACGGGUGAGUUUGGAAUACCAGCGAGUCAACCGGGGGAGCUUAAUAUAAAUGACGAGGUGUUCUUGCGCCAGAAUGAGUAUGAUUUGAUAGGCUCAGAGGUUAUGGGAGAGGAAAACAUGGGUGUAUUUGAGGAAUUGGCUAGUAAUAUAUCGUCGAGGUCAUCGUUGGCGAACAUGCCGGUGGGCCAGACGACGUAUUCGACCACUAAUACGACGCCUGAGUUGUCAUCACCACCCAAGCUGCAUCCGGUAUCAAGACUGUCGUUCAGCUUGCCCAUUGACCAAUUGAACCUAUUAUCUUUGAAGUCGAUGUCGUCGACGCAGUCGUCGAAAUCACCUUCGCCCGAAUACAACCUCUACAGCGUCAUACGAGAAAAUCCAGAAGAAGAGAAGACAAUCAACCCAAGACAAUUGUUCAGCGAAGAUAUAGACAUUGGGGCGGCAUCUGCGUCAGCAGCAUCGGCUCCCACGGACAAACGCACAGACGAGACCGAAGGCACAAGUGCCAGAGGAUACAUAUUGCCAUCUUCAUCGUCUCCAUCGCUAUCAACAUUGUUUGACGGCACGCAACGGGCAUCAUACCCCAAGGCGAAAUCACACUCGAUAUCAAUGGGAUCAGAUAUUACCGCAUCGAAGAAGUUUGACUUCAUAAUGAAUAACGAGUGCUUCAACGCCAUUCUGUACUGGAUCAACGAUACGUUACAAAACGUCAACUCGAAAAUGAACGACGACGACGAGGAAUUGGGAGGGGCUGAGGAAAUUAUGGUAAAUCCAACGGGCAUUAUCAAGUCCAACUACUACAAGAGGCGGAAUUCGAUUCAAUUGGUGACACCGUCGAGCUACAACCAGCACAAUUCGUUUGACGACGAAGCCAGGGUUCAGAAAAAGAAGAGAAGAAAGUCGUACAACCACGACUACGCCAAGUCAAUGACCAAACAGGAUACACCGGCUGCUUCCUCCGCCAAUAACCCCGAGCCCGUGGGCACAGUCCAUAAUAGACCCAACCCCGACACCAUCAAAGAACCACUGAACGACAACCGCAGCUUUUCCAAUGACGAAGACGAACAGGACAAGCCAUUCCCAUGCCCUGAUUGCGCUAAACAAUUCAAACGAUCCGAGCAUCUUAAGAGACAUAUAAGGUCGGUGCAUUCCAACAUACGUCCGUUCCACUGCAAGUACUGCGAGAAGAAGUUCAGCAGAAGUGACAAUCUCGCACAACACUUGAAGACUCACUACAAAGUCAACACCAAUGGAACAACGACCAUAAUCUAUGGCAACCCUAAUUUACACAAUAGAGGCGGUAGAAAGAAACACUCUGAUUGA